AUGGAGCAGCCUACCAACACUACCGACACCAAGGGCAUGAAGCAGAUCGUCCCUGAGGUCACCUGGGCCCAGCGCUCAUCUACCACCGAGCCCGAGAAGAACCACAUCUACAUGACCAUUGUUGUCCCCGAUGUCGACCCCAAGAACCUGAAGCUUGACCUGCAACCCUCAUCGCUCGAAUUCACCGGCUACUCGGAGAGCAAGAAGGCCACCUACCACGUCAAGAUGGACCUGUUCGCCGAGAUCGAGCCCAAGGAGAGCAAGAUCAACCACUCCUCGCGCUGGAUCGAGCUGGUCUUGCAAAAGAAGGAGCUCAACGAGGAGUACUGGCCCCGUCUGCUCAAGGACAAGCAAAAGGUCCACUACAUCAAGACCAACUUCGACAAGGUACGCACUCAAUCUUCUUCAUAUUGUCAUGAAACCAUGCUGAUUUUUCCCCCANNGUGGGUCGACGAGGAUGAGCAGGACGCUGUUGCCGAGGAUGACGACUACAUGUCCCGCAUGGGUGGCAUGGGUGGUGCCGGCGGCAUGCCCGGUGGUAUGGAAGGUAUGGGCGGAGAUGGUGGCUUUGGAGGCAUCGACUUCUCCAAGCUUGGCGGUGCCGGCGGUGCCGGUGGCAUGCCCGACCUCAGCGCCCUGCAGGGUAUGAUGGGCGGCAUGGGUGGCAUGGGUGGCAUGGGUGGUAUGGGUGGUAUGGGCGGUGAGGAGGGUGACGAUGAUGAUGACGACGACGACAUGCCCGAGCUCGAGGAGACCGAGGAGACCAACGCCGGUGCCUCCAAGUCAAGCAAGAUUGAGGAGGUCGAGUAA